AAUAACGCCUUUGAUUUUGAGAUCGCGAUUGCGCUAUAAGAGGCGCUUUCGCCAAGGGAUCACAAUUGAAUGUCUUGAGGAGCACCAGUCGGAAGUCAUCGAAUGGUACAUUAUCGAUUUCAACAUGACUCUCCAACCGCGCCACGACUCCGUGUUCCGGCAUUAUAAUCAAGAGCUGGUGCAAGUCUUCUGUUACUUUAUCGCAGCGCUGCUAGGAACAGUAUUGCUCUUUAGAAAACUGACGCAGCACCUUUUGGCACAAAAACUGCGUCAUUGUGAAUAUUUGAAUGAAAGUCCUUCUAGACAACAACUUCGGAUCGUCCGGUACUGGUCUAUACUUACUUCCAUCAUCCGUGGGAUAUCCUAUUCUCAAAUUCACUUUCAAGGUGUCUUUUCAUGGCUAAGCCCACCGUCCGCUGGCAAGGAUUUUCUGCUUAUCAUCUACUGGUCACUCCUCACUUUUAUGUUGACUUACAAAGCCAUCAUCCAUGACAGCGAGUACUACGAGAGGAUCGGAUUCAGAGCUGCUUGGAUAUCAGUCACUCAGGUCCCUCUGAUAUACCUCUUGUCAGCUAAGGCAAGUGUACUUGGCUACUUCGUUGGAAGCUCCUAUGAGCGCCUGAACUGGCUCCAUCGCUGGGUAUCAAGAACGCUCCUGGUCACUGUGACUAUUCAUGGUGGCUUCUUCAUGCGAGAAUGGAUCAAGGUCGAUUUCUUCUGGUCUGAAUUGAGGAUAAUGCCAAUGGUGACUUACGGAAUCAUAGCCUGGUUUAUCCUCGUGUGGACCUUUCUAUCUUCUUUGAGCCCAUUCCGGAGCAUGGCUUAUGAGCUCUUCGUUCUACAGCAUAUUGUUUCUGCAGUCGUCUUCCUUUGGUUGUUGUGGCGUCAUGUUCCAAGCCACGCGUCGUACUUCAUAUGGAUAUCUGUUGGAGCUUUCUCUGGAGACUGGGUGAUAAGCACUAUUGUGUCAAUCUACUGCAAUGUUCAUUCAGGAGGGAUUGGCUAUCGACUGCAGCUUACUGCUGACGAUGACGAUAUUACCACCAUCUCACUCGAGAACGUCCUCCUAUCUUGGAAGCCAGGCCAGCAUAUCCGCCUGUGGAUUCCACGUCUAGGGCCCCUCCAAUCCCAUCCGUACACAAUCGCAACACCAUGCCUCUCAGCUAACAGGAGCUCGAAGAACAAUCUAACAUUCAUUGUCCGUACUUACUCCGGAAUAUCGAAAACUAUGAACAAGUACGCAAAACGACCACAGCCAUAUCUUAGAGCCUUCAUUUCCAGCCCGUAUGGUUCAUCUCCAGCAUGGAACGCAUACGAAACCUUGGUUCUCAUAGCAGCCUCAACCGGAGGCUCGUUCACGCUUCCAAUUCUAGAGAGCAUCGUCAAUGACCCCAUGCAAACUUGCGUGAGUCGGAUCCGCUUCUUGCUUCUCGCUCGGCGAAGAGGUCAUAUUGAAUUCUACUUACAACGUCUACCAACAUCCAUAGCUCGAGCAGCUGCAUCGGGUAUUUAUUUAGCUGUUGAAAUCACGAUUACUUCAAGGAGAGAGGAUGAGGGUCCGCUGUCUGAGGAAGAUGAGCAGAAGCUUUUGUAUAACUCUGGCGAGGAAGAUGUUGAGAAAGCGGACUGGUCGAACUCUGAAGGAGAUUCGUACCCUUUAGAGCCAGGUUUCCAGCAUAUCUCGAAGGCAGAAGACGAGGAAGAAAACGAGAAUGCCGCACUCAAUCCCGCGCAAGAAGACCAGGCCUCAUCCCGAGGAAUAUUUUACACCAGAGGAAGACCAUUAAUAGCAGAAUACCUCAAAAGCCCACUGGAAUACACGAAAGAUGAGGCUAUGGUAGUGGUUUGCGGAGGAAAGCCAUUGAUUUCGGAGGUUAGAAAUUGUGUUGCGGGCUUGCUGCGAACGGGAGCACCGGUUGGAGGCACGGCAGGCAUACACUUGUAUACAGAAGAGUACGGUCUUUAA